AUGGAGAAGAUAUCUGAAGCAGAGAGGGAUUUAGAGGGCAGUGAGAGCCCCAAACCUCAAGAAAGCUCUGGUAGCAAAUACGCAAAGAAGAUUUUGAAAAUAAUAAGUCCAUAUUCCUGAAAUCUGCCUGUCUAUGAACUGAAUGCGUACUCUGAAUUAGAUGAGACUACUGAAAUGCCGAACGGCAUGGACUGCUCUAAGUACAAAGAAGUUUUAUCAAAAAUGAUUGCAAAAGCAAGAGAUCUGUUUCAAUUUGACCCUUUGGAUAAUAUGGCCCCGAAGAAUGCUCAAAACAGAGUUAGAUCGAGGAUUGCAAGCGGAUAUGGCAGCUACGAGAUAGUUUCAACCGGUACAGUAUUAGCUGGCCAAGUGAGAGAAGGGCUUUGUAGUUUCAUCGAUUCUGAUUUCCCACCACAAGACUCGAGUAUUUCCCCAUCUUCAAGUAGACAGCCAAAGGGAAUAGUCUGGCUUAGAGCUCAUGAAUUUAUGGAAGAAACUCCUAAUUUAUUCAAGGAUAAAAUCAAGUUCGAGGAUGUAAAAAUGGGCUGUUUAGCAACCUGCUACUUCCUCUCUUCAGUUAGGCAGCUUGUAAAUAACCCUGACUUUAUAAAAAAUGAACUUUUUGUGACCCAAGAGUACAACAAUGAAGGAAUUUACAUUCUAAGUUUUUUUUGGGAUGGAGAGCCAAGAAAAGUUAUUGUCGAUGACUAUUUCCCAUGCAGAUUCAGUGAGAAAAAUAAAUUUGAGCCAAUUUAUGCUCAGAAUAACAGCAGUGAACUUUGGGUCAUGCUUCUUGAAAAAGCUUUUGCUAAGCUAAAUGGCUAUUAUGAUGCGCUUAAUGAGGGUUACUUAAGUCAUCAUUUGACUGACUUCACUGGUGCACCUGUUGAGCAAAUAAAGAUCAAAUAAGGACUUUGAAGAUACCAAAGCUGCUGAGCAAUACUAUUCUGGUCUCUUGGAAAGUUUGAACCGAAAGAGGGCCAAAAGAUAUCUGUUGUUCUCUUCUACUCCUUUAAGAGAUGACAAUGUAGGAUCUUUAAGUUUUGUGGGAAGAAUUUGUUUACUGGAUUUUUAG